GGUGACUUUGGAGGGAGACCGAGGAUCCAGCUGGCCGGCUGAGACUCUUCACGCUGUUACGGAACUCCCGUGGGUGCUCGCUGGUUGGGAGUCGCGUCUUGGACCGGGACGGGACCGGUGACGCACAUGCGCUGCCGCUGCGCAGCUGCUGGACUCGGCUUUGGGUUUGCUGAGCAGAGGGGAGCGCGUUUCUCCAGCUGCACUUUUCUCUCAGUCUGUGCUCGACGCUGAGCGCCCUCGUCGGCGGAGGUCUGUGAUGAUUGAGCAAAGUCCGGAGGAGAGGAAAAUGGAGGGCUUCAACAGGGUCGCUUUCCGGAGGAAGCAGCGAAGUCUGGGCAGCGCGCAGGGACGAGCUGCGGCAGACAGGAAAGGCAAAACUCCUUGCUUCCAGACCAGAAGCUCCGGCGAUGAGUCCUGCAUAGCGGUGAAAAUCGAACAGUCUAAAGCAACACGGAGAACAAGAGAGACGGCUCGCCGCUCAAACAGACCAGCAAAGCCUCCAACGGCAGCCCGGUUUAUCGCGCCCACCCGAGGACCGACAUCAGCAAGAUCCAGGAGAAGUUCUCCUCCGCGGCGGGCGCCACGCAGGAUGCCAAGAAGCCGGCGUCCAACGGGGUGUUAGCGCAGAUGGAGCCGGACAAGACGACGGAGGAGGAGGAGGAGACGCACAACAGUAUGAGGAUAGAGACUGCUGAGCUGGUAAACGGGGAUGUGGAGAGAGCAGACCAGGUGGACGAGCCUUCGCCUCCGAGCCACACGGACAGGACGGCGCCGGAGAGCCGCGCCGAAGACGAGGACGGCGACAAAACGGCAGAAGCGGUGCAGAAGAGCGAAGACGAGAGCUCUGAGCAGAAGGAGACGAAUGAACAAAAGCUGUUUAAGAUCGCCAGCGAGCUCCUGCACACAGAGAAGGCCUACGUGGCCCGACUCAACCUGCUGGACCAGGUAUUCUGUGCCAGGAUGAUGGAGGAGGCGAAUAAAGGCACCUUCCCCGUGGACGUGGUGAAGAACAUCUUCUCCAACAUUACCUCCAUCCACGCCUUUCACAGCCAGUUCCUGCUUCCUGCUCUGGAGAAACGCAUGGGGGAAUGGGCAUCCACACAGCGGCUCGGGGACAUUCUGCAGAAACUCACACCCUUCCUCAAAAUGUACGCCGAGUAUGUGAAGAACUUCGACAAGGCCAUGGAGCUGCUGAAGCAGUGGACUGACCGCUCGCCUCCGUUCAAGGCUAUAAUCCAGGAGAUACAGAGUCAGGAGAUCUGCGGCAGUCUGACGCUGCAGCAUCACAUGUUGGAGCCGGUGCAGAGGGUUCCUCGAUACGAGAUGCUGCUGAAGGACUACCUGAAGAAGCUGCCUCAGGACGACCCUGACCGGACAGAUGCAGAAAAAUCAUUAGAAAUCAUCGCUACAGCAGCCACUCACUCCAACAGCGCCAUUAGAAAAUCCGAAAACCUAAAGAAACUGAUGGAGAUAUACGAGAUGCUGGGAGAGGAGGAGGACAUCGUUAACCCGUCCAACGAGUUCAUCAAGGAAGGCCACAUCCUGAAGCUGGCAGCCAGGAACACCUCAGCCAUGGAGAGAUACCUCUUCCUGUUCAACAACAUGCUGCUCUACUGCGUGCCUAAGUUCAGCCUGGGAGGAACCAAGUACACGGUGCGGACCAGAAUCGGGAUAGACGGCAUGAAGGUGCUGGAAACCAGCAACGAGGACUACCCCCACACCUUCCAGGUGUCGGGCAAAGAGAGGACCCUGGAGCUUCAGGCCAGCUCGGAGCAGGACAAGGCCAGCUGGAUCAAGGCUUUCCGGGAGACCAUAGAGAUCUUCCAGCAGAAGAACGAGUCGUUCAAGAACGCGCUGAAGGACGUGGAGGAAGUUUCGAAAGCAGAGCUGGGGAAGCGGGCUCCUCGCUGGAUCCGUGACAAUGAAGUGACGAUGUGCAUGAAGUGCAAGGAGCCGUUCAACGCCAUCACACGGCGGAGACAUCACUGCCGAGCCUGCGGCUUUGUGGUGUGCUGGAAAUGCUCCGACAACAAGGUGCAGCUGGAAUACGACAACAACAAGGUGAACAAAGUCUGCAGAGACUGCUACUGCAUCCUGACGGGAGAAGGAGUCACCGAGGGCAAAAGGAAGGGCAUCCUGGAGAUCGAUGCAGCUCAGAUCACAGACAGCAGCAUCAUGUGCGGCUUCCUGCAGCACACCGAGAAAGGCAAGCUUUGGCAGAAGGUGUGGUGCGUCAUCCCCGAGAAGGAGUGUCUGGUGCUCUACCUCUACGGGGCGCCGCAGGACGUGAAAGCCCUGUGCACCAUCCCCCUGCUGGGCUACACGGUGGAAGACAACCCUCGGCACGCGGACGUCUCAGCCAGCUUCCGCCUGUCCCAGUCCAAGUCUGUCCACAACUUCGCCGCCGAGACCGAGGAGCUCAAGCAGCGCUGGCUGAAGGUCAUCCGAGUGGCGGUGAGGGGAGAGAUGCCCGCCCCGCCGGAGACCAGCGACGGCGGCACGUUGGAGAACAGCAACACGCAGGAAGCCAACUGCGACGACUCCUAGGUGGGGCGCUGCCCACAAACCAAAACUGCUGCGGGACUUUCCUCAGCAUCCAACCUGUCGGUCCCUUUAGGACGGACGGAUGCAGAGACUCCUCCUCCCUGUCCCUAAAGACUCCGUGGAGCGACUAGUGCUGGAUAAGCUGCCCUGCCUGUUAUCUCCUGCUGGACCUGUGCUGGAUUACUAACAUUUCUGCUACAAUCAACACUAGAGCAGAGGGGCUUCGGGAUGCUUCCCUCAUAACGAGCACUAUAAAGGAGGCGGCGCUCCACGCGUUUGAUUUCGUGAAUCAAACCGCGUCUGCUGGUGCUGUAAAUUGGGCUUCUUGUACAGAACGCUUUGGUUUUUAUUCCAAAAGUAACUUUUUCUUGUCAUUUAUGUACAGAAAUUUAGUCCCAAGGUUUUCUUCCACGAAAAGAAGAAACGUCUUAAUGUCGUGGAAGACAUUUUCAGUAUUCGCCUCGUCGCAGUGCUUGAGAUGCCGCCUAACCCAGAACUCAGACCAUGAAGCUGGAUAACGACGCUCUCGCCUCGGUCUGAGCCACUGGAUGCAUCCCAGCAAUCUGCUGAACAGACCAUAAAAAUACUUAGUGUUGGGUAAAAACCUGGACUGAACUAUUUGAUGAACAUGGUUCACCUUCAUGAGCUAAACAAAUGGUGGGAUUCUUAGCUUUUUUUUCCAGAAUUAUUGUUAAAAUCUUGUCUCUUUUAAGCUCAAUAUAUCAUUAAAGGACUAAUUUAUUUAAAAAUUCAACUUUAAAAAAAAAUGUUGAAAACAAUUAUCCACCAUGCAGUCAAAAGCGUUUUUAUAUUAUUAGCUGGUUUUAUUGAAGUGUAUAAACUACAAUGACAUCAGGUUGACACUAUGUGCAGAACGGCCCAGUUUUAACAAUCAGAACUUAGUGGAAAAUAACGUUCCUGCGGGUUUUUUAAAACAGAAAUGCCUUCAGGAAAACGAGCACAAGUUAAAAACGUGUAAAAGUCAGAAGCUUAAACACACGUUUGAUUGAAACCUCUGUUGUCCUUUGGAUCAGAACCAGCACUGUUGUGUUUUGUUGCGGGCUGACGGAUCGCCGAAGGAAGAAAGAUGAACGUCGUGUUUCUGUUUGAUGGGAAAGCAGCGAGUCUAAAUGUGUUUUUAAUGCUGUUCUUUUUUUAUUUAAAGUAACUUAUAGAGAAUAUGACGAUCACAGACUGUUCCUCCGGUGGGUCCCUUCUCUUUGUUUCCGGUGAUGCCGCCAACGCUGCCAGGGGAAAAUGUGCCUAUGUUUUUCUAAAUUAUGCUCCUGUGCACAACGGUUUCCUUCCUCAGUAUUUGAAUAAAGCAAAGAGAGCACAAGCCUCCUGAUGAUAAAUCUGAAUGUAAAUCCAUAUUUGUUGUAAUCUCAUCCACUUCCCAAACGUCUGAGGAUCUACGCACUUUACGCCCCAAAAAGAAAAGUGUACCUGCGAGGAAAAUAAACGACAUCCAACGAUC